AUGGGCCUCGUCGACUACUCCGAAUCCGACUCGGGCUCCGAGCCGGAAGCCCCCCCCAAGCCCCCGUCCUCACAGAGCACCCCCAAGAGGCCGUUCCAGAAAGUAGUCGACCGCUCCAAGCCAGGCAAAAUCGUCGUCGGCUUGCCGCAGGCCACCAUCUCCGGCUCCGGCUCCGGCUCCAGCUCCCGCAGACCCGACGAACCGCCCGCGAAACGCGCGCGCACAGCACGAGGCGGCCUCUUUUCCGGGCUCAACUCGUCCCUCCCGCCGCCAAAGAACACAGGCAAGCCCGGCUCCAGACCGUCCGGCAGCGCGCCCCCCCGGCCCGGCAUCAACCUGAAGACGAGCGCAGCGCCAGGCUUCAGCCGCGAUGCCGACGAGCAAGCGCCGGCGGCGGCAAGCAACCAAGAUGCCGCCGCGCCGUCGAUGCCGCUCGGCCACAAGCCAGCCGACCAAGUCACGCUGGUCGGGAGGCCGCUCAUGUUCCGGCCCCUAUCAGUAGGCUUCGUCGCCAGGGGGGACAAGAAGGCCAAGUCUAAAUCGUCCCUGGCCGGCGCGACCCCGAAGCCGCAUGCAUCAACGAAGGCAGACGCCGAUGGGGCACCAGCACCGGCGGGAGCACCAAGGAGAAAAACAUCCCUCUUCCCCAUGCACACUGAAGAACAGGAACCGCUGGAUCUCGCCUCCUCAUCCGCCGGCGCCUACGAACCUCUCUUCGAGUCGGCAUACCAGCCAGACGCCCGUGCCGUUGCCGCCGACGACACGCCCGGUAACGGCAACGGCAACGGCAACAGCAACGGCAACAGCAACGGCAAUCCCAACCCCGAAUCCGACCCCGAAUCUCUCGACGCCAUCGCCCGCGAUCUGAACCUCUCCGCGGCGGCGAGGAGAGAGCUCUUUGGCCGCCGCGACGCGGGCAACUCUGCGGCCAAGACCGUCGUCAACUUCAACAUGGACAAGGAGUACCAGCACAACGAGAGCGUCCGCGCAGCAGGCGACCAGCAGGUCCACAAGGCCGUGCGCUCCAUACAAGGCGGCGGCAAGCAUUCCCUCAAGCAGCUGGUGCAGAAUGUGCAGAAUCAGCGCGACGCGCUCGAGGACAGCUUCGCCACGGCGAGGACCAACAAGAAGGCCACGAGUAGCAAAUACGGCUGGUAG